GAUAAAAACCACCACCACAGCGCUUCAUUCCAUAACCCAUCCUCCUUUUCUACCCAUGACUUCAUCGGUCGGUGGCGGAGGCAGAUACAUGGCCUUCUCUCCGUCGCCUUCCGCCCCUCACUCUCCCCAUCUCUCUGGCUUUCGCUCUGCCGCCACCGCCGCUGCUCUUCUCGAUCAAGAGAAAUAUCUAUCGGAGUUGCUGGAAGAGCGUUACAAGCUUACCCCAUUUAUGCCAGUGAUCCCUCAUACGUGUAGACUGUUGAACCAGGAAAUUUCGCGUAUAACUACACUGUUGGGGAAUGCAUCAGUUUUAGGUCAAAGUGGGCUUGAACAAGCUAGCACCCGGACUUCUGGAGGAAUGAUUUCAAAUGGAGGAGCUGAUAUGAACAGAUGGAUAUCGCGGUUUCAAUCAGGAAUGCCAGGUUUAGUGCAGCCCUCUUUGUCAGAGAACUGGCUGAAUUCUCAAGGUAGCUCGUCCGGUCUUAUUGUUAAGAGAACAAUCAGAGUGGAUAUUCCUGUCGACAAAUAUCCCAACUACAAUUUUGUUGGUCGCCUCCUUGGUCCUAGGGGCAACUCUCUUAAGCGUGUGGAGGCCAAUACAGAGUGCCGUGUCCUUAUAAGAGGGCGGGGCAGUAUUAAGGAUCCAGCUAGGGAGGAAAUGAUGAGAGGAAAACCUGGGUAUGAACAUCUGAAUGAACCUCUUCAUAUCCUAGUUGAGGCAGAAUUACCUGUUGAAAUAGUCGAUGCUCGCCUAAUGCAAGCGCGGGAAAUACUUGAAGAUUUGCUGAAGCCUACGGAUGAAUCCCAGGAUUUCUAUAAGAAACAACAGCUGCGAGAGCUAGCAAUGCUGAAUGGUACACUUCGUGAGGAAGGGUCUCCGAUGUCUGCCCCUUUAUCCCCCUUCCAAAACAGCCUUGGAAUGAAGCGAGCCAAGACUAGGGGGUAAACGAACCCUCCUUGAGGGCUGUUGGAACUUGUGUCUUAGUGUCUGCCAUAGGCAGCAAUUUCCCGAACAUUGCAGGUUUUGUCUGUAUGGGCGAAUGCCUCUAUUUGCAAACGGGCACUGGCUCGGGCACUGGCUCGGGCACUGUUACUGUUGUGUGCCAGUUAAGUUAGGCCGUUCUAACUUGUUUUAUAUAUGAGGUGUGUUUAUGUUGUGUGUUGGGAGGAGGUUAAAUGCUAGUAUUACACAAGUAAGCAAUGGGUGUGAGUUCAUUUUCGGGUUUCGGAUUUUGGUUCGCAUGUUGGUUCAGGCGGGCAGAGAAUAGCUGUGCUAAACUCUAGGUUGCAUUAGAUUAUGUUUAUUAAGUUGCAUUAUUAGAUUAUGUUUAUUAUUAUUGUUUAUUAAGCUUUGUAAUGUGAAACCUAUGUAAAUUAAAUGUGAAGGUUUGUAUUAUAUAACGUGAUAUACACAGCAA